AAACAGAGAGGAAACAGAGGUAGAGAGAGAAAGCCUGUGAUUGUUUCUUGAUUCCUCUCAACCAUGGCGUUGCUAUCAGAUCUCGUGAACCUCAACCUCUCUGACACUACAAAGAAGAUUAUCGCCGAGUACAUAUGGAUCGGUGGAUCUGGAAUGGACCUCAGGAGUAAAGCAAGGACUCUUUCUGGGUCAGUUAAUGAUCCGGCAAAGCUACCAAAAUGGAACUAUGAUGGUUCCAGCACUGGACAAGCUCCAGGAGAGGAUAGUGAAGUGAUCUUAUAUCCUCAAGCAAUCUUCAAGGAUCCCUUCAGGAGGGGAGACAACAUUCUUGUCAUGUGUGAUGCCUACACACCAGCUGGAGAAGCCAUUCCCACAAACAAGAGACAUGAUGCUGCAAAGAUUUUCAGCCACCCAGAUGUUGCUGCUGAGGAACCCUGGUAUGGAAUAGAGCAAGAGUACACCCUUUUGCAGAAGGAUGUCAACUGGCCCCUUGGGUGGCCUCUGGGAGGUUUUCCUGGCCCUCAGGGACCAUACUAUUGCAGUGUUGGUGCUGACAAAUCUUUUGGGCGUGAUAUUGUUGAUGCUCAUUACAAAGCAUGCCUUUAUGCAGGCAUCAACAUCAGUGGUAUCAAUGGAGAAGUGAUGCCGGGCCAGUGGGAAUUUCAAGUUGGCCCUGCUCUUGGCAUCUCUGCUGGGGAUGAGUUAUGGGUGGCUCGCUACAUUUUGGAGAGAAUUACAGAGAUUGCUGGUGUUGUGGUCUCUUUUGAUCCAAAGCCCAUUCAGGGUGACUGGAAUGGAGCUGGUGCUCACACAAAUUACAGCACCAAAUCCAUGAGAAGUGAUGGAGGGUUCAAGGUAAUCAAGAAGGCAAUUGAAAAGCUUGGAUUGAGGCACAAGGAGCACAUUGCUGCUUAUGGAGAGGGCAACGAACGCCGACUCACUGGACGACAUGAAACUGCAGAUAUCAACACAUUCAAAUGGGGUGUCGCAGACCGUGGAGCUUCCAUCAGGGUUGGGCGUGACACGGAGAAAGAAGGUAAAGGUUAUUUUGAGGACAGGAGGCCUGCAUCAAACAUGGAUCCCUAUGUGGUCACUUCCAUGAUUGCAGAGACAACCCUCCUCUGGAAAGCAUGAGGCUUCAUUUAUGGCUACCAUUGAGGUGGUGUUUCUCAUGGGAUCUACUUGCUGUUUCUCUUUGUGCCAAGGAUUGAUUUGUUACUGGAUUUACUUCUUUUCUACUACUAGAAUUGCAUGUAAUGUUAUAUUAGGUUGGUUAGUGGGUCUUGGCCCUUAUAAAUUGGAGGUUUAGGCAGGUUAAUUUAUGUUUCCUGUCUUCUGAUUUUUCCACUUGUUCAAUAACAGUAACAUCAAUAAUAAACAUGAGAGGGCUUUUUCUUA